AACGCACCCGGCCCCGAUUACGUACGAUUAGAUAAGAUGACCGAAAGAAGAAAGAUGACAAACAACGAGAUGGGCCACCAUUGCCGGCCUUGCGCGGGUCCCCGCCGGUGGAAACUUUAUCAGUUGUUGCCACAUCGUACCUGAAAGCGAAAGCCAAUCCUCGACAAUGCCUCUCGAUCUGUACUACAGCAUAAUAUCACCGCCAUGUCGAGUGGUGUUGCUGUUUGCGAAAUGGUUGAAGCUCGACCUGAACCUCAUCGAGCUGGACGUGCUGAAGCGGGAACACUACAAGCCCGAAUUUCUAAAGCUAAACCCUCAGCACUACAUUCCCACCCUGGUCGAUGGCGACGUGGUUGUCUGGGAAUCCAGUGCCGUACUGAUCUAUCUGGCAGAAAAAUAUAGCACGGACGAUACUCUCUACCCGAAGGAUAUAGCUCUACGCGCCAAAGUGAAUCAACGGUUGUUUUACGACAUUGGCACGCUGAUGCGCAGUGUCACUACGUACUAUCAUCCCAUCCUGAUGGGGGGCGAAGGCAAGUUGGAAGACUUUAAGAAAGUCCAGGAUGCGGUUGCAGUGCUGAACAGCUUCCUGUACGGUAGCCGUUGGACGGCCGGAGAGCAUAUAACGGUGGCCGAUUUCGCUAUUGCCGUCACGGUGGCCGCCCUGGACGGGUUGCUAAACUUUGACUUUACCGUCUAUCCGAACGUGCACCGGUGGUAUGAGCAGUGCAAGCGGGAGCUCGUUGGCUACACGGAGAUUACGAAGGAAGCGGCCCAAAAGACGCAAGCCUUCCUGGAGCGAUUUCGUGAAAUGCGGACUGCGGAGCAGCAGCAGCUUUGCGAGUUACAGCAGCAAGAUCAUCAGCAAGGUAGCCGAGAGCUGCCUGAGGAUAAGCAAAGCGAUCAACACAAGCAACAGUACACCGAGCUGCAGACGCCGCAGAAGCCACGCGCACGCGACAGUUCUAAAACUGUUUCGCCCGACGAUAAGCUUGCCGAUGAAGUUAGAUCGGAUGAGUCGUCGAAAAUGUCUACCGAAGAUUAG